AUGGAUGUGCAAAUGCUCUGAGAGCGGCGCAGGUGGCCCCAGCCAGCUCUUGGGUCUGGGCGGAGCGAGGCAGCGAGAAAGCGCAGCUUGCCUGGCAGGCAGGCAGGGUCGCCUCUUCCUUUUCUUCCCUUCCCUUUCUUUUUUCUUUCUUUCUUUCUAGUUUUUCUCUCCCCCAUCUCUCUCUCUCCCUCUCUCUCUUUUUAAAAAAAAUCUCCCUGCUGCUGUUGAUGCCAAGGGCGAUCAAGAGAGCAAGCGGACCUCCCGUCUCCUUGGAGCUCGCUCGCCUUGGAUCAGCUUGAACUUCACCAAGGAAGAUCUGCUGGGUUUUUUGUUUUUUUUGUUUUUUAAUUUUCUGUUGUUAUUCUUUUUAAUCCUAAAGAUUGAUUUGGGAUUCUUCCCUCCCCCCGUCUUAGUUUAAAAACAAAUAAAAAUAAAUUCACCGAGAAAGAGAGAGAGAGAGAUAAGAGACGCACAGAGUAUGGCUCGACCUCUUCCUCUGAACUCAACUUUCCUACCUCCAACUUACGGGGUGCUGAAAUCCUUGCUGGAAAACCCGCUCAAGCUACCGCUGCAUCAUGAAGACGCAUUUUAUAAAGACAAAGACAAAGACAAAAAGCUGGAUGAUGACAAUAGCAAUGCCACUGUCCCACAGUCUGCUUUCCUGGGUCCUACAUUAUGGGACAAGACACUUCCAUACGAUGGUGAUACUUUCCAAUUGGAAUACAUGGACCUGGAAGAGUUUCUCUCAGAGAAUGGCAUUCCACCCAGUCCGGUCCAGCAUGACCACAGCCCUCACCAACCAGCUCUUCAGCAACCUACCUCAGCAACACCUUCCGUCAUGGACCUCAGCAGCAGGGCAUCCACAUCGGUCCACCCAACCAUGGUUUCUCAAAACUGCAUGCCAAGUCCAGUCAGGCCAGGUCAAAUCUUGCCUACAAACCGUAACACGCCAAGUCCCAUUGAUCCCGAGACCAUUCAGGUUCCAGUGGGGUAUGAACCCGACCCUGCUGAUCUCGCUCUUUCCAGCAUUCCUGGUCAAGAGAUGUUUGAUCCUCGUAAGCGCAAGUUCUCUGAGGAAGAGCUCAAGCCACAGCCGAUGAUUAAAAAAGCCCGCAAAGUCUUCAUUCCAGAGGAUCUGAAGCAGGAUGACAAAUACUGGGCACGGCGUAGAAAGAACAACGUGGCUGCCAAGCGAUCCAGAGAUGCCCGGAGGCUGAAGGAGAACCAGAUUGCUAUCCGUGCCUCGUUCCUGGAGAAGGAGAACACGGCUCUGCGCCAGGAGGUGGCCGACCUACGGAAAGAGCUGGGCAAAUGCAAGAACGUCCUUGCCAAGUACGAAGCUCGGCACGGCCCUCUGUAAAAGGGCAUUUCCCCGGCCUCUCUGUUUUUUCCCCCUUUCCUUUUUUUCUUUUUCUUUUGGUUGGCGUUUGAAUAGAUGGACAGUGUGUUUCCUGUUUGAUAGCACCACACCCAAACCAACCUUUUCAGUCAUCAGCACUUUACCGGAAAGCAGAAACAAAAUCAAUGUACAACGUGUGUGUGUGUGUGUGUGUGUGUGCGUGUAUGUAUGCGUGUGCAUGCGCACACAUGCGCGGGCGUGUCUGUGUGAGUGUGCAUGUGCAUCUCAGCACUUUCCUAUUUUUAUGAAACCCUCUCAACAGGGUGACGUAUUUUCACUUGGAGUGCUGAGCCCUGCCAUAGUAAGCUUUUUAUUAAAUAUAUAUAUGUGUGUGUGUGUGUGUGUGUGUGUGUGUGUGUGUGUGUGUGUGUGUGUAUGUAUGUAUAUAUAUAUAUUUUCCAGUGCUGCUUCGAACUAGGUAUUUUUAUUUUAUCCUUUACCGUACUCUUGAUUUAACUCACAGGGGGGUGGAGAGAAAGGCAAGAACAAAUCCCUGUAUAAAGAGUGGAGGAAAGAGAAAGGAGGGGAUCUCUUUUCAAUCUGUUGUUUAAAUAGGCCUAAUAAACAUGCACAAAUGCUAUUUUUUAAUGUUACACAGCAGAAAUAUUAAGUUAUAGAUUUGCUUCUCUUUCUUUUUAUUUUGUUUUUGUGUUCUUACGUUUUGGUAAUAAAAUAUAUCUUCAGUUACACACUGCUGUCAAUAGUUCUCCUCCUGUUAGAUUGCCUAAGGAACAGCUAAGUCUCCUUUAACUACCAUAAAACCCAAAAUAAAUUCAUAGAAAUGCUACAGGUAGAUUACAGUAUAAUUUUAUAUUUUUUGGCACCAUCUGAACCUAAGCAAUAAUCCUAUUGUCCAUUUAGGCAUGUUAUCUGCUGUGUUCCUAGUGGACACAAGAUAACUUCCCUAACUAAUAAGAUAACUCUCACUGGUUUUUGGGUUGCUGUUUUUAAAUAGAAGCGUGGUAAAGACUGAUUUACUACAAAAAUCCCUGAAACAGAGAGGCAAAAGCCUCAAUCCAGAGAGCCAUGCAUGGCCAGUCCAAGCUUUAUCCUGUCUUGAAAUUUUGCUCCCUCAUUCCCUUUGUGUGUUAUGAUAUGCUGAGCACAAUAUUAAAUUAACAAGAGCUGACUUGGAUACUAUUUUUGUAUUUCCAUUUUUAAUGUCCUUGAUGUUUUUACUACUAUGGCCUUGUUUGCACAUAAUGACAACCCAAGACUAUGGACUAAGUAUGGGUUGUCGUUGAAUCGUGGGCUGUUGAUGAAUUGUGUGUUGUUGUUAGGUGCAGGCCCUGCAGUAUGAUUUAACUAUAGAUUGUUAACCACGAACAACCCAGGAAGAAAACCCAUGGUGUGUUCUUGGCUUGUGAGUUCUGGGUUGUUCGUGGGUAACAACCCAUAGUUAACCCAUAGUGCAGGGUUCACACAUAACGACAAUCCAUGGUUCAACAAUAAUCCAUACUCACAUGUCAUUACAUGUGAACCAGUUCAUUGUUUAUGUCUCAGGAGGUCAGUAGAGAUCCAAGUUCUCGGUUGCAUCUCCUGGAAUGCAAAAGGCUGUUGUCCUGCCUCUAUGGAUCACCUUGCAUAGUAUAGGCUGCAGUGGCUUGGAUAGGGGAGACAACCCUCACAUUUUGGCACCAUAUGGGUUGCCUGGUCAGACUGGCCCUAUGCACACAUACUGCUUCUGCACAAAUGGAUCUCCACCCCUUUUCCCUCUACCAGUUGUACGAUCGGUCCAGAUACCUCUGGCCAUGCUGAUCAUCUGUUAGUGGGGAGAGGGCAUGGUAGUGCUUGGGUGUAGUCCCACACCUACUCAAACACUCCAUGGCAUUCAUGAGGUACGCUGAUUGCCCUUGGUAGAUCAGGAAAGAAUGUGUGUGUGUAGAAUUCAAGAUAAAUCAUUGGCAAGAGAACAAGACGAAAACUUCAAAAUAAUCAUUGGCUUUGGAGUUUUUGAGGGUCUUAUUUUCUUAUUUCCAUUGAUGUUUGCAUUUCUCAAAGUCCUGUUUUGUGACGCAGCUUUAAAUGCAGCUUUUUAUUCCAUCCCCCCCCCCCGUAAUAUAUUUUCUAUGGAUUUCUCCCUUGCUGUUUCUUCCCCCCCCCCCAGAUUUGUUUGACUCAAUUAGAAGUCCUUUUUUGCAAAUCCGACUUUCUCCCCGAAAUGUCGUUUUGAUUAUAUCAUGAAGCUGAUGGUUCUUGAACUUGCUCCAGAUGUUUUUCUCUCUGAUUUGAUUUCCAAACUUAUGUUAUGUUAUAGAAUGGACUUUGGGGAAUGGGGUGGGGGCAAAAAUGAAUGUAAGAGAUGCAGGUAUAUAUUGAAAGGUGAUGGUGUUGUCAUACUGUGGUUAAUCCAAAUCCAUUUAAAUGUUUUCUGAAGACCAAAAGAAACUGAUUAUUAUAAAACGUAUAAAGUUUAUACAGAAUCAUUAGAGUGUGCUCUCUUUUUUUGUACAGUAUUUUUCAAGGGCAAAUGCUGACUAUGUAUUUUGGGAGAGAGAAAGAGCAUGAUAUAUAGGAUUUAUUAAGCAAAAAGACAGGGCGGUGGAAGAAAAUACAAAUAUUUGACAUUUAAAGAUAGAGCAAAGUUAUAUCUCUUUAUAUAUUCAUUAACAGUGUACAGAAAGGAGAUGCUUCUAGCGCUUUUUAUUCUUUGAAAACUAAUAUAUUUUAUGGUUAUUAUUGACACAUUGGCAUGGUUUUGUUAGGGCACAAUCCAUGCCUCUGCAGGCCCCGCUUUCACAUGUGGAGGGCUCCAUAGGAUGCCUCUUUGGCUCCCAGGGCCAGAUCUACACCAAGCAGUAUAUAUUUCUUUGAAAACAGAUAGAAAACGGUGUAUGGAGUGUGUCCUGGGCCCCAACAGUUGUCAAUACCAUUCUAACCCGUUUUAAAGCAGUAGUGUAGAUCCUGUCCUGUUCUCCUUGGUGUGUCCUACCUUAGCACAUGCGCAGAGCUUGAAUAAAGAUGCACAUGGGUGAGAAGGCGACAACGGAAUGGAGGCAGGAAGUGUUACACUUCCUCUCUUUUAAAGGGGGCAGAAUCUACUCACUUUUGGUAGGCCCAAAUCACAAGGUGUUUAGCAACCUUCAGCAAGCAAACAAAACUGAAUAUUGAAAUGAAUCUGAACUGCAAGAACAGUUUGAGAUGAGGUGAAAUCUUUAGCUCCAAAGUAGUAUAGUGAAGACUUAAAAUUUAACUUGAUCAUUUUGCAUUACUACUGGGAGCUGCACACAUGCCUCUCUUUCCUGGUAAUAGGACGCUAUAAUGCAUGAGUGUUGAAAGAAAUGUAACACUUUUAAACCUUAGCCAUCCCUAUGGGCAUAGGCGGUUGUGUCCAUAUGGGGCGGAUGGUGGCCAAUUUUUUUUAUAUAUUUUUUUAGUAAAACCCUUUGCCAGGGUCCUCUGUAUUUCUGACACAUAAAUAAUUGUUUUCCUUAUUUUAUCUUUUAAAAAACACAUUAAAUCCAUUUUGCUACGAAGAAAACACGACAUACGCUGUGAUGUUUGUCACAGGGUUUAAGUUACACACCUGGGUUGAAGACUUUCCAAUAUCUCAUCAAAAUGAUAACAGAGCUUACAAUAUCAGGCUUCUCCCACAUUUUCAAAUUUGCUGCUAUGGUGAGAAUUUGUUAACACCAUGAGGAAUAGCCUUCCCCGACCCCCAUCCCUUAACUCUAUACUUCAUAAAACAGUGGUUCCUGCAGAGUGAGGUGGGUCUCCUUAAGGAAGCUGCGGAGGCUUGAGAGUCUCCCUGUUCACUCCCAAUGGACAUCUCAAUUGAACUAGAAGACAGAGUGCCAAUAUUUCAGUGCAAUACAAUAGACCAGGAGUAGACCACCUGGUGCCCACCAGAUGUUUUGGAAUGACAAUGCCCAUAAUUCUGACCACUGGCCAUGCUAGCUGGAACUUAUGGGAGCUAUAGUCCAAAACAUCUGGAAGGUACCUUGUUCCUUAUCUGUGUAAUAGACAGUAUGCUCUAUCCUUCGGGAAGGAUUCAGAAGAAAUUAGGGGCAUUUCACACAUUACACAGAGGCAAACCCAGGUUUGCCACCAAGUGAUUGCUCAACAGGGAGCUACAUCCAAUCAUAUAUGUGUUUGUCACAUUCAUACCUGACAUCUUUAGAAGUAAGCUCGAAACCUGUUCAGAUGUUCACCUAAAAAUGUAAUUUGGACCUUAGGCGCACUGAAUUCCCACUGAAGUCAAAGGAGCAUAAGAUACACUGAACUUUUUUUCUUUCUGAAUUUGUACCCCUUGUGUAGAUUCUUGGGGCUAGGAUUAUACGUAAGGCAAUGAUUUCUCACUCUCUCUUUGUAACUCCUUUCGUGCUGGAUCUUACACUCCUGAUCCUUCACUUUUCUUUGCCCACCGCUGCUCUGUCCCAGAGUAAAAAUAAGAUUAGGCACAGCCAAGUGAACUGCCCGUGCUAUGUUCUGCCUUUGCUACACUCAAGCAACUUUCUUAUCCAAAACUGUUACUUUAACUAUUAUGACUGUGUGUGUAUGUAUGUGUAAAAAUAGGCACAAAAUAAUUACAUAUCAGGAAAUUAUGGUGCUACCUGACUUUUUAGAUGAUUUUUUCUUUCUCAAAGCAAAUACUUUUGCAUUCCAUAAAAGCACCUUAAUCUGAAGAUGAAUUAGACAAAAUCACCUAGCUCUGAUUUAGGUAAUUCCAUUUGUCAUUAUUAUGGGGAUUUUCCUGUGUGGUUUUACUCUUAUGAAAAUUCAUCCAAAAUAUCCUAAUUGUAUUACUAGAUCUAGAUUUCUGUGGACCAUUAUUUAAGUGGAUUAAAUACAUUGCAACUAUUUAGAAAGUAAGCUUCUAUUUACUGGCCAGUAGAAAAAAACACCAAAACUGUAGGAGUAUAUAUUGUAUUUAAUAAAAAAUUAAACAUUUUGAUGGCACUUGAUAAUAAAUAACAAUUUCCACUGACUGUAAAACAAAAGUAAUGGACACAAUCCAAGCAAAGUUGAGUAUAAAGAAACACCAUUGAUUCUAGUGGGAGAGGUAAGCCCAUGAUUAACUCCGUCCUGUUAAAAUCAAUGAGACUAACAGUGAGAUCCUAUACAAAUCGACUCAGACAUAAGCCCCAUUGAGUUCUGUGGGACUUACUCCCAGGUAAGUGUGUAUAGGAUUGCAGCCUUAAAAGUGCUUAACCUGGGCUGGUUCACACCCAGGGUUUUAAGAAAUGCCUCUCCCCCCUUUUUUUUUUUAAUAUACUGACAGGCUGUGGACACAUUUGUAGCAAAUGUGGCAUUUUUGAACUGCCUAAUCAUUGACACAUCUCUGUGGAAGAAUAUACACAACUCUUUCACCUGAUGAUUGUGACAUGAUAUUUGAAGAUGACUGCAGACACUGAUCUCAUGUCUACUGUGAAUAUUUUGAGGCUCUCCACUGUCCAUUAUGGGAGCGGAGAAUUACAGCCACAGUUAAUAGGGACAUACGCUGUUCAAGUUCCAUGAGGUUUUCUGAAUUCUUCCUUAAAGCUCAUUGUACCUUGUUUGCAUUCCCAAAUGUGAGUGUCGUCUUCUUCUUCUUCUUCUUCUUCUUCUUCUUCUUCUUCUUCUUCUUCUUCUUCUUCUCCUUCUCCUUCUUCUCCUUCUCCUUCUCCUUCUCCUUCUCCUCCUCCUCCUCCUCCUCCUCCAAUUGGGAUACAUGUGUGUCAAAUGAGGGCAGGGCUCCUCCAGCUUUAACUGUUGUGACAAAGAGGGCAUUUCACCAGGUGCUGCAUGUAUACAAAUGACACUUGGUGAAAUUCCCUUUUCUAUACAAUUGUUAAAAUACAGGGGCCCUGUCCUCCUUUCUGUAUGGUCACCCUGCACAUGGGGCUGUAUCCAACAUUAGCCUAACUUAAGUCCCAUUUAUUUCAAUGGGUCUACUCUAAAUAGGACUAACAGUGGAUACAACCUAUGAUCUCUUAACCAUGUUGGUCCACAAACUCUCAAAACACAUUUCAGUCUGUUUCUAGGAACAUGUUUUGAUCCGCAGCAUGGCCUGCUUGCUUGCUUAUUUGCUGGUGAGCUUCUUCAAAGGGAACAAGCCAGUCAAGGAAGCAACACUUACAUUUGACCACAAGGAAAGGACAGCUGCUACUGGAAUUCAGGAUGCACAGUGGGUGGGUUGGAGGCAGAAUCGCUGUUAUGAAUUCUGACACAAUGCCAUGACAACAUGGUAUUGGUCAGCACUGAAAUUUGUCCUGGUAGGUGCCUGGCCUGCACGUUACACUGUGCCCAAGGCAAAUAGCAUGGGGACAGGGGUGGGGGCGUCUCUUUCUGAAUCUCCUACAGUCACAGCCAGCUGAGGCAGAAAGUUUGCUGGGAGAGAGACCACAGAGAACAGGUGGUAAUGUACCUUGAACCAGCCACUAGAACAAGCCAUUGGUCUAUGCCACGGCUGGGGAACCUGGUGCCUUCUAGUUGUUGUUAGAUUCCAAUUCCCAUCAGCCCAGCCAGCACGGUUAGGUAGAAUAGAAGUUGUAGUCUAGCAGCAUCUUGAGGGUCACAGGUUUCAUAGAAUCAUAGAAUUAUAGAAUAGUAGAGUUGGAAGGGGGCAUAAGGCCAUUGGGUCCAACCCCCUGCUCAAUGAAGGAAUUCACCUUAAAGAAACCCUGACAGGUAGCUGUCCAGCUGCCUCUUGAAUGCCCUCAGUGUGGUAGAGCCCACAGUGUGGGUUUCCCCCUCCCCUUCCUGACAAUAGUUCAGGUUUAGCCCAGUACCGUUUAUCGUAUGCCGCUACUCUCUAAGUUCAAGUUCAUGCACAGUUCCUUAUGAGUCAGGUGUAACUGAAUGAAUGAAACAGAGCCUUGCCUUCUGAGUUAACUUUUCCUUUGGGGGGUCCUCAGCCUUUAUUCUUGCUUGGAAAAUUGUGCGUGCGUCUGUGCGUGCGCAUGCAUUAGCACGUGUGUAUACUUUGAGAAACGGAAGAAUGAACUUUAAGUAUUUUUCUUUUAAUUUAGAAAAAUAUGUACAAUCUUUUUCUCUCUCUCUCUCUGUCACGCGAUCAACCAUUGUAGUUCUGGCAACACCACAAGACCGCCUCUUGUUAAUAAGAGUUUAACAAAUGAGAUCAAAUUAAAUGUAUGUCAUGAAAUGGAUUUGCAUUCUGUAUGCUUUUCAGCCCAAAUCUUUCUGUCUGUUAUUCUUUAAUGUUUAAUAAAAAACAUUUUAAAUUUUU